UAUCUGAUAAUAGCGGGAGAAACUCUUUUUAGUUAAUCUAUAAACAUCUUGAAACUUAGAAGGAAAGAAAAGAAGAAAAAAAAAGUUAUUUUUUCUUUUGUGAGUCAAAGAAAGCGUGCCCUUGUGGUCAUGAGUAGAAAUAAUAAGCUUCAGUUUUAAAGAUUGGAUUUUGAUAAGAUAUUAUAUUCGAACGACAUGUAUGUAUGUAUGUAUGUAUGUCCAGUUCGUAUGUUGUUUACCAUCUAUGAAUGAUUAUGAAGAGUUAUGAGCUGGGCACAGAACGGUGUCUCUACCACCACGUGGUUUUCAUUCAUGGUUUUAUAUGUCUAUGCUAAAUCACUUACCAGCCUUUUAAGACCCUUUUAGCUACUCUUUGCUUUGAUCUCUUCUUCUUCUAAGGUCUAAGUUGGAGAGAAAGAAUGGAGCUUUUGGGGCUGUUCGUGACAGCAUCUGUUCCAGUGUUGAAAGUGCUAUUGCUUACCGGACUUGGUUCCUAUCUUGCUUUAGAUAGCGUUAAUAUUUUGGGGAAAGAUGCCAUCAAAUAUCUGAACAUAAUUGUUUUUUAUGUAUUCAGUCCUGCGCUUGUGGGAUCCAGCCUCGCAAAUACGAUAACAUAUGAUAGCAUGGUCAAGUUGUGGUUUAUGCCUGUGAAUGUUCUCAUUACAUUUAUUAUUGGUUCAUUACUUGGAUGGGUUGUUAUCCUCUUUACAAGACCACCUCCACACUUGCGAGGCCUCAUUUUGGGUUGCUGUGCUGCAGGAAAUUUGGGGAACUUGCCCCUCAUUAUAGUCCCAGCACUUUGUAAGGAAAAAGGAAGCCCCUUUGGAGACCCUGAUGUCUGCUAUACUUAUGGAAUGGCUUAUGUUUCUCUUUCAAUGGCUCUAGGAUCCGUAUAUUUGUGGACUUAUGUGUAUAACAUUGUCCGCGUAUCUUCAAGGAGCAUAAAAGAAAUCCCAAUCAUCGACAAGUCUUCCAGGGAGUCAUCUUCAUCAGAGACCGGAGGAGGUUCUUUAGAAGAACCACUACUACUUCCUUCCCCAGAAUUGGCAGGACCACCUGGGGAUGUUGCAGAUGAAAAUGCACUGCCAAAGACCAUACACGACGAUGAAUCUUCAGCUAAGUGGCAGGUGGGGAUUUCAGAAAGUUCAGGGAUAAAACAACGUUUGGCGAAGCUGUUUAAAGAGCUUAAUCUGAAUGCCUUGUUGCCCCCUUCAACUAUUGGAGCGACUAUUGGAUUUAUGAUCGGAGUGGUUCCUCAAAUCCGAAAAUCUUUGAUAGGAAGUGGUGCUCCACUUAGAGUGAUCCAAGACUCUGCUAUUUUGUUGGGGGAUGGAGCCAUCCCAGCCCUGACACUUAUAAUUGGAGGAAAUCUUCUUAGAGGUUUAAGAGGACCGGGAAUGCAGAAAUCUCUUGUUGUUGGCAUUGUAGUAGCUCGUUAUGUAGUGCUGCCUUUGACAGGCAUAUUAGUUGUUAAGGGGGCAGUUCAUUUCGGUCUGGUGCCGCCUGAACCAUUGUACCAAUUUGUUCUUCUUCUUCAAUUUGUAUUACCACCUGCUAUGAACAUAGGAACCAUUACACAGUUGUUUGGAGCAGGAGAGAAAGAAUGUUCUGUUAUCAUGCUCUGGACCUAUGCGUUAGCAUCAAUUUCACUCACUUUCUGGUGCACAUAUUUCAUGUGGCUUGUGACCUGAUAAUUGAGCAUUUUGACCAUAUAUUUCAAGCAGCUUCAGGUACUACAACUACUAUUGAGUCCGUCCUUUUGGACACUACACAACAACAAGGCAUGCCGAGGAGCAUGAGCCAAGAAAAAAAAAUUAAAUUAAAUUUUAUUUAUUGAAAACAUGUAAAAAAAAUUUAUGGAGAAGUCAUAAAUUUUAUUAAGAAUCUUGGCAGAUUCUUUGAAGCUCUUUAGGGGUGGAGAUGAAUUGAAUCACUGUUGUUGAUAGUGAAGUCAGUUUUUGACUUUGCGAUGGAAAAAAUAAUAAAGUUUUUGACUAAAGUAAAAA